AGCCUCCUGCGGGCGAUGGGGUCGGUCAGGAGGAAGCUGGUGGUGGUGGGAGACGGGGGCUGCGGUAAGACCAGCCUGCUGUUCGUCCUGAGCCGGGACGAGUUCCCCGAGGGUUACGUCCCCACCGUCUUCGACACCUACGUGGCGGACAUCGUGGUGGACGAGAGGCAGGUGGAGCUGGCGCUGUGGGACACGGCGGGCCAGGAGGACUACGACCGCCUGCGACCCCUCUCCUACCCCGACACCCACGUCAUCCUGCUCUGCUUCUCGGUCGGCAGCCCCGACUCGCUGUGGAACAUCCCGGAGAAGUGGGUGCCCGAGGUGCGGCACUUCUGCCCCGGCGUGCCCGUGCUGCUGGUGGGCAACAAGAGGGACCUGCGCGCCGACGAGCGGACCCGGCGGGAGCUGGCCCGCAGCAAGAAGGAGCCGGUGCGCUGGGAGGAGGGCCGCGCCGUGGCCGACAAGGUCGGCGCCUACGCCUACCUGGAGUGCUCGGCCAAGACCAAGGAGGGCGUCUGGGAGGUGUUCGAGACGGCCACCCGGGCCACGCUGAAGGACGCGGAGCCCGGGUGCUUGGGCUAUCACUGCGUCCUGCUGUGAGCAAACACGGGCGAGGGAGGGAACCUGGGUUCACCCCUCAAUUCAAUGCAGGCAACCCCCCCCCCCACCAGGACAAUAUAUUUGCGGGGGAAGUAAAAGCUGAGAUGAUCUCUCCGCAAGAAAGAGACUGAACUAUU